GAGACAUGAAACAUCGAAUGUAGCUAACUUGUUAUGUUAUAUGGCUGUAGAGGGAGAAGACCUCCGAUAACAAGGGCAGUUCUUAUCCGAGUUUUCUUCUGCUCCAUUUUCGGGUUGACAUUGAACCAAAUCACAUACUUUAUUGGUUUGAAGAACUCGAUGCCAACCAUCGCCUGUGCGUUGUCGAAUCUACUGCCGGCUCUCACGUUUGUCCUUGCCGUCGUAUUCAAGCAAGAAGAUGCAAAGUUGAAGACAUUGGGUGGACUAGCAAAGUUGACAGGAACACUGGUUGCAGUUGCGGGUGCAAUGACAUUGUCCAUGUACCAUGGACCGGUUGUACCCAUCGGUCAAUCGGCCAUUCAUUUACACAGUGCAAACAAUGCAGUUAAUGACUCUACUCGAGGAACCAUCAUCGGACCCCUUCUAGUCAUCAUUAGUGCUCUCACUUGGGCAAUAUGGUUCAUUAUCCAGGCAAAAAUGGGCAACUUUUAUCCUGCUCCGUAUUCGAGCUCAGCUUUGAUGUUGGGGAUGGCGACCGUUGAAUGCUCGAUAAUUGGUGUGUUCAUAGUGCCAUAUAAACAAGAAUGGUCUUUGUUUCCUUCAAUCCGAUUUGUGGCAUGUGUAUAUGGGGGAAUUGUUUGUUCGGGAAUCGGGGUUUGCAUGAUGUCAUGGUGUAUCCAGAGAAAAGGAGCGUUGUUUGUGUCGGUGUUUAGCCCAUUAUUGCUGGUCAUCGUUGCGGUACUGAGCUGGGCAUUUCUACGCGAGAAAUUAUAUCUUGGAACGGUAUUAGGUUCAGUGUUAAUUGUGAUUGGGUUAUACGCUGUGCUAUGGGGAAAGAGCAAAGAAAUGGAACCCCAUAAAGUCGACACACCGGAAGAUAUUGAAAUGCAUUGAUAGAUUUAUAUAGUUCAAGAAGAAUAUAUACGUCUUGAUGAACCUACAUGAUUAUAUGAUAAUUUGUUGCAAUAAGAUCGAUUCAAGGUGCAAUGUAGAACGUCUUUGUGGGAGUUCAAAUGUUAUUAGAAGUCAAACAAGUCACAUCUAAUUUGUUAUAGUUUUGAUUUACUUCUGUAAUAUAUAUAUGGUCAUCCAUAAAAGUUCACCCAACAUGUGCACGAGAAUCACAAUUGGACCAAAACAUAAAAACUUAUUGUUAGAUUCUUGUGUAUUGUAUAAAGAUUAUGGUGUUGAUAU